AUGCCGAGAGCACCGCAGAAUAGCAGCAUAGAUGACGGUAACGGACUCGAAGUACGAAAGCGCCCUGGUGGCAUCACCGACGUGCUCGGUAAGACGUUUAGGAAGGUUGGAGGACCAAACGGCAGCGACGAUAGCCUGUCCAACACCAGCACCAAUACUGGUAUACAGAGAAAGGACGGAGAUCGUGGAAGCCAGGUCAACAUGCGGAACACAAGCUUGAGCAGCCAGUUGGGUACCCAUGGCGUCACCACAGUCACCGAUGGAGGUGAGGACAAGGGCAGCCACGAUGACACCGAGAGAAGGGCCGUUCUCCAUCUUGGUAGAGUGCACCAUCAGUCCGAGGCCAAUGAGUCUGAUACAGGAGCCGAACACUUGGAAGACCUUGUACCGACGGAAGUAUCUAAACAGAAGACCGUAGAUGACACCGAAAGAACACAAACCCAUGGUCUCAGUGUUGUUCAGGUAAGUCCAGUCUCUGUAGGAAAGAUUCAAAACAACCAAAUCGUAAGAGCUGAAGUAAAGCAGCCAGAAGUAGCCACCCAUCUGGUAGCAGAAGUCGAUGAUGACGCAGCAAAUGAAGGUUCUGUUCAGCAGAACGCGCUUAGGAAGCAACGGGUAUGGAGCAAUCCAAAUCUCGUAGAUAGUGUACAUGAUGAGGAAAAUUCCUCCGACAACUUCCAUAGCAAUCAUCGACGGGUUGUGCCAUCCGCCGUUGGCGUAAGAAUAAAGCGAGCAAGGAAGAAGCAUGAGGGAGAAAGCAAAACCGAGAAGGAUGAGUCCCAGAGCGUCGAUCUCGAUAAGAGCGACCUUGAUUUUGGUCAGCGUAGCUUUGCUUUUGAGAAGAGUGAUCUGCGGAAGUCUGACGUUGAACUUGAAGGACCCAUAGUUGAUUUUGUGGUCCAUCCAGAAAAUCAUACCAAUGGCCGGAAUCAGUGCCGCAGGGGUGAUAAUAGCGAACAUACCGUAACCCCAUCUCCAAUUGGAAGUGGUGAUGUUUUGGACGAUGUAACCUGCCACCCAGGUGGUGCACAAGUACGGCGUAGAAAGGAGACCGUCGACGGUGGCUCUCCAUUUGAGGGGAGUCAUAUCAGCGACCAAGAUGCUGUUCAGUAG